GCCGGGCCGUGUCGCUCCUCGACUCGUUCCUCCCACGAGGGCCGCGCACCGGACCCCCUCCUCUCUCGACACUAUCUCACGACCGCGAUCUCCCUCCUCGACCAUGACGACCAACGCGCCCGACCCGUCGCCGCCAACGUCGACCCUCACGACCUCAACCUCCCUCACGGACACUCCCAGCAUUCCCUCCUCACGCGUCCCGGUCCCCCUCGUCCUUCCGUCCUGCACAGACACUUUCGUCUCCCUUUCCCUCUACCCCUAGUCCACGCCGCUGUCCCCUCAGUCGCCCCCCUCGGUCGCCGUUUGUCCGUGUUUCGCCUACGCAUAGAUCCCUCUCGUCCCCCUCGGGCCGUGCCUGUAACCC